AAUCUAAAUCUGGUCUAGCUCAAGAGGAGGUUAUAAAUAUAAUUAACAAAAUUCUCUCAAAUACCGAAGAUAGACUUGAAGGGUCAUUGUUUUGUAAUAAUAAGCAGCAAAAGAAACGUCAUAGAAUAUUUCACAACAAAUCUGAAACAGAGACUGAUUCAUCCAGCUCCAAUUCAGAAUCCACGGAUUUAGACUGGUAUAAUCUCGACCCAAUAAAACCCCGAAAGAAGAGGCAGAGCCUUGAAUAUCUGAUUUAUCGUAUUCAUAUUAAAAAGAAAAAGACAAAAAACGUCUCUGAUAUUCCCCUUUCUGAAGAAGCAUAG